CAAAGUCAAACAGACAUCAGCUGUGUGACAAAUGUGUAUUGCGCCUACUGUUUGUUUUAUUUUAUUUUGCAAUAAAAUUCUCGGGUGACGUAUUUAUUUGUAAAGUAUCCUGUAGUAAUGUAAAAAGUGUGUUAGUGUAAUUAUCUUUCUACAGACUUAUGAAGUAUAUUGUGGACUCGUCUUUUCGUAGUUGAGUCAUUAAUUAAAAGUAAUUUCAUUCGUUCUCAAGGCCGUAUCAAUAAUCGUAUUAGUGAAGUAUUAUGAGAAAUACUAAACAUAAUGGUAGAGGAUAAUGAACGUGAUUAUGGAAGGAGCGCAAAUAAGAAUGUUCUAUUAAAAAUUGUGAUUUUGGGAGAUGGAGGGGUGGGGAAGUCCUGUCUCAUGAGCAGAUUCAUCUCAAAUCAUUUUGACGAUCAUAAUUUUCACACGAUCGGUGUAGAAUUUAUGAAUAAGACGACAGAAGUAAAUGGCACACAGUACACAUUACAGAUAUGGGACACAGCGGGCCAGGAGAGAUUCAAGUCGCUACGUACGCCGUUCUACCGCGGAACAGAUAUCUGCAUCCUGGCAUACGCUAUAGACGACCGCAGUUCCUUCCAAAACAUAAAGAUGUGGCUCAAUGAGUUUUUACAUUACGCAGGUGUUAAGAAUGGCAUUGAGAAGUUUCCGUUCAUCGUUGUAGGGAACAAGUCAGACGUAUCGUCAAAGGACAGGGAAGUAUCGUACGAUCAACUCCGGCAGUGGUGCGAAGAUAAUAAAAUAGGCACAUACAUAGAAACCUCCGCUAAGACUGCCAGUAAUGUGGUCGAAGCAUUCUCCAUGGCUGUGCAAAGAUGGGCAGAUCUCGAACAGAAAGCAGAGAAGGAAUUGAGAAUGUUACACCAUCCUGAUACAGUGACGUUACAGGGUGGUAACACUAUGUCAGGUCUCCGUGCCACAUGCUGUUCCCGUUUUAGCAACGUAUGAGGCACGUACACUGCAGUUGACAAUAUCACAGUUUUUGUAAAUUGAACAAUUGUAUAAGUAUUGGUUCAAAAUCAACACAAAAACAGCGAAAUACAGAAGCAGUUUUUCAUGGGUAAGGGGUAUAUAAUAAGUGAACAUUCUUUUUUUCAUAGAAAAAAAUGCAGCAGAUCUGAUUGAACUUCCGUCCUUACAACGGCUUAAAUCAGUCGAUCAAUAGAUAUAAUUUCUACUAAUAAGCCUAACACAUUCAGGAUAAUUUAUAUUAAACGGCUAGCUACGGCAACUAAAAAGGCUGGCAAACGACCCGGUUUUGAUCUAUAGAUAGAAAAUCACAUUUAUUUCUUAGAAGACUUUUCUUAGCAAUGAAAUCGGUAUAGUACUAAAUUGUAG